UGUUGAAGAGAGAGAAAUUCGUGUGUGUCUGCCAACAUCCGUUGGUUCCCUAUACUCGUCAAGUGUUGCGUGUAUCAACGGUGUGCCGCCUGUGGUUUUCGAGUUGGAACUCGGCUCGCUAUCUCGCGCAGUGGUUGAAAGUGUCGGCCGCGUCGCAGUGAGGAACAAAAUCGUCGACACAUACCCUCAUGUCACGCUUGUGUGGCGCAUUGCUGUCAGGAUCGUGCCGUCGUGUCUCAAGUCCGCGUAGUCGGAGCAUAGGGACCGAGCGGGCAGUGCUACUCACGUGAGAUGUCAGCGACCGCCAGCAAUGUGCAGUCCAACGACGGAUCGAAACGCUACGUACAUUUCAGCGGCUACCAGCGCUUGCAUGGUGCCGCGAACCAAUCUUUGCAACCUGCCAGGUACAGGAUGCAUGCUCUGCGCUACACAGCUACUGCCUUGCAAACUGUCGGCCUCGUGUUACUGUACUACUGCUUUUCCAUCGGGAUAACUUUCUACCAGAAAUGGUUCAUCAAGGAGUUCCGCUUCCCCCUGACAGUGGUCAUCUGCCACCUAGUGGUGAAGUUUGUGCUGUCAGGGUUGUUGCGGUUGGCAUACCAGAUCUUCACUGGGAAGCCCCGCAUUCUGCUUGGCUGGGCAGUUUACGUCAAGCAGCUGGCGAUCACAGGAGUAGCCAGUGCGCUGGACAUUGGCUUUUCUAACUGGAGCUUUGAAUUUAUUACUGUAUCAUUGUACACAAUGACAAAAUCUACUUGCAUUAUAUUUAUCUUAGGAUUUUCCCUGGUUUUCGGACUUGAGCGCAGGCGGUGUUCCCUUGUGUUCAUUGUAAUUCUGAUAGCAGUCGGACUUUUCAUGUUUACCUACCAAUCAACGCAGUUCAACACAGAGGGUUUCUUGCUCGUUCUUAGUGCCUCAUUCCUUGCUGGGCUCCGUUGGACCCUUGCUCAACUUGUGAUGCAACGCAAAGAAGUCGGUUUAGGUAAUCCAAUUGAUAUGAUUUUCCAUGUCCAACCAUGGAUGAUUCUUGGCCUUCUUCCACUGGCUAUAGCAUUUGAAGGAAUUCCAAUUGCGACUUCAGAGAAGGUGUUUCGCUUUCGUGAUGCUGAAGUUGUGCUACGCACAUGCAAGUAUGUUCUGGCAGGCUCCUUGCUCGCUUUUUUGAUGGAGCUAAGUGAGUACUUGCUCCUCACGUACACUUCCAGCCUGACGCUCUCCAUUGCUGGCAUUAUCAAGGAAGUUUGCACGCUGUACCUGGCUGUCAAAUACAGUGGAGAUGAAAUGAGCUCGAUGAACUUGCUGGGCUUAAUCAUCUGCCUUUUGGGCAUUGCACUACACAUUGUUGUUAAGUCACUCAACACUAAUGGGCUGGGGCUUGAUUCCAUCAUGCGAGUCACGUGCAUGCUUCUUCCUGGAUCGCUUCUUCUGCUUUUAACAUGCAGAAAGCAGAAGAGGAUACCGUUUACGAGCGUUUGGGGUCAGAGCAAAGUCUGCUGAAUGCAGGUAAUGAAGUUGGUGAUGACACUGAUGAAGAAGUUUGUCACUUUGAAAUGCAGCCACUAACGAGAAGACAACAAGCUCACCGAAUGGGUUCGUGAUCAGCCAGAUGUUGCAAUCCUGCAGUAUGUGUGUCCAACUGCGGAAACUCUAUAGUGACCCGCAUCUUGUCGGUGCACUGAACACUGAAUAUAUUUCCGGCAGCCAAUGGGAUCAACACUUGUGAUGAGGGAAAUAAGACUGUGCUUACAUUUUACGAUUUUGCAGACAUUGUCUGUCUUGCUCAUUCUCACGCUUACUUUUUUCUCUGUAGCCUUUAAACUCGUCUGUCUUUGUUGUUUUGGGAACACAGUUCAUAAGCAUAAUGAGCACUUAGUGCAUGAAAAAGAAUUCAUUGACUUGGUUACAUUGCCACCGUACAUGACCAGCUAUACAGCGACAGCUGGGCUUUAAAAAGUUUUUGUACUGUCGUGUGUUUGUCUUGACUCAAAUGCAGAGCUAGGUAGUUACUGUGUGUUGACAAGUGUGCAAAUUAUUCAUAACUAGCAGUAAAAUACGUAGCCUAUUUUUGUUAUUGCUGAGUUUUAAUGCAGACGUAUUUGAUAAAAGGGUCUUCACAUCGUGUAAUGACAAUUUGCCCUUCCUGCAUCAUCUACAUUGUAAAGAGGGUGCAUGAGAUGGAAUCUGUACUGAAUUUUAUUUAUUAAAUUUUUUUUAUAUUAAAUAGCAGCACUUCCAGCAACAUAGGCAUAGCCACAUUUAAAUGCAAUGUUGUUCAGUUAACUGAAGCUAAGCUUAAAAAAACAUCCACGUGUGCACUACAAGAACACGACCAACUUAGUGUUGUUUGAUGACCUCUUAAGCUUGGGUUAAUAAUUAAAUAUCCAACUUUUUUGAAGUAUAAAUGCAAAAUGUUCAAUGGAAAAAUUUUAGACCCUGUUAAUUUGUGUCCACAGAGGUGUCAGCUACAGGUGGAGGGGGGGUGGGGGGGGGGGGCUCACCCCUUCCCCUCUAUCCAGGCCACAUACCUUAACAGCCCUAGUUAGCGGCUGUAUUUAGUUCUAGACAUAUCGCAUAACACUAAAAUAAACCUUCGAUGAAUGAACUUCAAAAUUUUGAUCCGAUCAAUGCCAGAUUUCUCCCCCACCCACUAUCCUUAUUGGUCAAUGCCAGCUGUGUUGCCCCCAUUUGCCCCUUCAUGUCUAUAUAAUUUCUGUCAUUAAGUAUACCUACCGUUGUUUUCUUAUUCCGUGUUUUAAGAAAGCACGUGUAAUUUGAAGUAAAGUACCAUGUAACUAGAGCCUUGUAUACAGUAUCAUUAGAACACUGAAACAUGUUAUUACCAGUGAACAAUCAAUAUAGCAUUAAUGCAGACUGAAGUUAUAAACAGACCAUAAGCAAAAGGGAUGAACCUUAACCCACACACUUCAUUUUCAAUGUAUCGCUUUUCACUGAUGUAACCUCCUUGCCAUCUAUAUCAGUUGUCAACAGUAAGAACACAAAUGCCAACAAAGCUUCUGGAAUCGGAAUAAACAAUUUACUGCAUAUGUCCAAUGCCCCGUUAAAUUCAUUGAUUCAACAGGCUGGCUAUCUUGGAAUGUGUGGAAGUCAAGAAUUGGUCCACCUCCAUUGCUGGAGACCUGUUAAUGCUGUCAGUGUGUUUGCGGCAUCGAUGAUAAUUUUGUGAUAUGUUUGAGAAUGCUAAUGUUGCUGUGCACAAGAAUCUGUUCACGUGGAACUCUUUCUCGUGGACUUUCUUGAAGCCCUAAUUAAAAUCACAGUUGCUCUUAUCAUGCAAAUAAAUCAUUGAGACACUAAUUAAUAGGUUCUACAACUUCUCUAUUGAAGAUUAUACAUUUAAAACAAGACUUCAAAAGUUGUCUAAUUAAUUACAGAUAGGUGAUUGUCCGAGCUAGUUUUAUAGUGCUGUCUAGUUGAUGUAGAGGACAGUAGACAAAACUAGUUUCAUUACGCUCUCAUAUUGCACACAUAAAGUUUUGAGCUUCAAGACCCUGCAUAUAAUGUUCACAUCUGGUGCUCAUGCUGCUGAUGUUAUGAGUCUUUUUCUAUUGGUGCCUUGUCUAGACUUCUAUGACUGUGGUAUAGUUGAUUAAGUCUGUGUGUCAGCCCCUACAUGUUUUCAACUGUGAAAGAUCUUGGCAUUUCAAUUGAAGGUGUGUUUUUAAAGUUAGUAUGAAGGCAUGGUAUAAUUUGUGUAGCCAUAAACACCGCUGCUUAGUGUCUCAGAACUGCCACAGUGUCAGCAGCAAAAGUCAUGGGUAUUAGUGCACUUAAACCACUUCUCUGAAUUUAGUCGGUGUUUAAAACGCACUGUGUGCUAGUGCCAGAGUUUUUUAGUGUUGCCUUAAAUGUUUGUGUGGGUAUCAUGAAUGUCAAACUACACAGCAGUUUCUGCAGCGCACUUAGUAAAAGGCGAGCUAUGAUUAAGAAAUAUUUGUAAUAUCAUGCUAUUGUUGUCUGCACUGCCUCAAUGAUGAGGGGCAAUGUUCGUAACGCUUCAUUUCUUUUGAAAACCUGGGACUAGUACGCAUGUAAUAAAGUGCACAUGGCUUUCAGCGAUGUGUGAAUUUUUUUUAUUGAGAACAGAAAGCAAUAUUUGUUAAUAUGCACAAAUAUAUGCUAGUCUCUAUAAACACUAGUCUUAUAAAGUUCAGGAGUGGACGUGAGUGUUAAAAAUUUGUGCAAAUGCAUGCUGUUCCUGUAUGUAAUACUGAAUGUUUUUCAGGCUGCCAAAUGUGUAUGAGUACGAUAUCAAACAUAUAGCACCUGUGUGACAAGAUUCACCCUCAUCUCUUCCUUUUAAAAAAAAAUGAAAAUGAAUAUGGACAUAUGGCAAGAUUUGUCACCCCUUCUUCUCAAGAAAUGAAGACGUACUAUAAUAUAACUUGUACUGUUUAUUAUAAUUUUUUAAUGACCAGAAAGGUUUCUUUACAGAUGUAGCCAUUCAUUGACAUCUUGUAAAUUGUGCAAGAACAUUAAACUAGACACACUUAUUGUGCCGUUGUCAAGAUGUCAUAUGUAUCAACAUGCUCACUUUAAAAUGUUUGUGCUAUAAGGCAGGUCAAAAAAUUUUCAGGGGUGGAAGUCAGCGGUGCAUUGCCUGUAAAGCUAGAUAAUUUAUGUUCAUGAUUUUUUUCAUGUGAAAUGGAAAGUCAGCAUUUCUAUUUUGCUUUGUCAGUAUCCUAUCUUGUGUUCUUCAAGCAUGGGGUUUGGAAAAUGUGAUACGUGCGUCAUUCCACUGAGGUCUUUUUAUGUGUGUUAUGUGUGCAUGUCAUGAAAUAUUUUAUUUUUUCUAGCAAUAAAACAAAGAACAUGGGCGAAAUUGCAAGUG